AAAUUCAUAUAUUUAUUUAGUCUGAGUAAAAUACGAAUUAUUCAACCAUACCUUCGCCGAUUAAGAUUGUAUUGAUCCAAGAAAAAGUUGUGACAUGGUUGACUUCAUGCUUAAUUCACUGAUUCUUGAAUUAUUCAGUACAGUACGACUUGCCAAAACUAAUUAUCUUUAAAAAAGAACAAUAUCCUUGAUAAGAUUUAAUCCAUUUUAUUGAAUAUUUGACAUAGUCCGUCCCCAGUUAUUUUUCUAACGUUCCUUAUUUUCCUUAUUUUUGGCUUUAUUUCACCCAUCAAUUGGUUACAGAAAAAACAAAAAUAACGGCUAAAAAAUGCAAAUGAGAGAUUUGCUCCAGUCUGAAGAAUUUUUAAAACUUAUUGUCAUUUUUGGAGCAGUGUGUACUCUUGGAUCCAUUGCGCUUGGAUGGGGUGGACUCGAAUUGGGCAUAACCUUAGUCAUUAGAAAGACGACGAAACUUUCCCCUGGCUCAACGCUUUGGGAAAAUUGGAAAAAUGGUGAUGCGCACAUCAAGUUCUAUCUCUUCAACAUCACGAAUCCUGAGGAGGUGGCUACCAAGAAAGUUGAAUUGAACGAGAUCGGACCCUUCGUUUACUUGGUAGAAUUUGACAAGUUAAACAUGGACAAGAACAAGAAGAUUGACACGAUUCUCUAUUCACCUACAAGGACAUAUUACUUUCAAGCGGACAAGUCCUCUGGAAAAGAAAGCGACUUGAUAACCUUUAUCAACGUACCUUAUGUGGCAAUGUCGCACAUCGCGAAUGAUGCAGCAAACAGUGAGAACAAUAAUAUUCCCGAAAUGGUGGACCGGAUACUCACAGAGAAAGGAGAAAAGCUGAUUAGAACCGACACAGUCAAGAAUUUUUUGUUUGACGGGAUAUCAGUUCAGGCAUACGUUGACCUCAUGAAUGACCUCUUGGUUGACCAAGAAUCAGAGAACAUACAUCUCCCUGAGCACUUCAAGGAUGGUCUUUUUGCAAUUUUCAAAGGGAAAAAUGGAACCAAGGACGGCCGUUGGGAGUGUCACUCGGGAAAUAGAAAUUAUGCUGAUAUUGGGAAGCUAGUCAGCUACAAUGGACAAAGCAGAUUGAAUCUUUACAAGGACAGUUCUUGCAACGCCAUCAACGGAACGGACGGCUGGAUUUAUCCUCCCUUCAUUGAACCUGGAGAGAAGGACUUGUAUAUUUUCCUCCCAGAGUUGUGCAGAUCUGUUCGAUGGGAGUUUGUCAAAAUGACACAGGUUGAAGGUGGCAUUCCGGUGGCAAGGCAUCGAUUUCCGCAGAUAAAAACGUUCGCAGAAGAUCCUCAAGUUUGGUGUUUCUGCCCCAAAACCAAUGUGUCAGCAUGCGACAUUCAUGGUAUCGCUAAUUUGGAGCAAUGUUUUGAUGGAAUUCCUCUUCUGUACUCUAAACCUCACUUUCUUAACGUGCAUGGCUCAAUUCGCAAUCUGGUGAACGGAAUUCGUCCAAAUACCUUCGUGCAUGAAUCCAAUCUUGACGUGUACCCAUUGACAGGUACUCUUGUGAGCACCAAUAUCAAAAUGCAGUUCUCAAUCGAACUCAUCCCAUGGGAAUCAAUGCCAAGCUUCAGCAAAGCACAACGAGCCAUCAUACCAUUCGUUUGGGUAGAAAUUGUGUCAUCAUUGACGGGCAUCACUUUCAUGGCAGUUCGUCUCUUGUCCUUGUUGUUGAGACUUCUACCAAUUCUGCGAAUCCUCGCCUUGCUCGGGUCGCUUGGAAUAGUUUUCAUCGCGUACUUCUUGGCUUAUCGAUGUAGGAAAAACAACAGCAUCGUGAUAGAAGUCAGUGAAGAUGAAGAUGACGACGAAACCAGAGCGGCGCAUGAAUUAUGGAUGAAAAAAUUCAAAAACCAAACUCAUAUAAAAUAUCCGGACUCGGCAAACAUGCACAAUUAAUGUAUUUAAAUGUGGGCUUCUCCUUCAAAUAAAAUUGGUAUUUAAUUUGAGA